CAUGCCAGGGAGUGGCUGGGACAGCCGGAGAGCAGAGGACCAGGGGAGAGCAGAGAGUUUAGGAGGACAUCAGUGUGAACCUGAAGACUUCAGACAUCCAGACGAGAGGACUGACAAAGAAGGUUUAAGAAUAUGAGAAUAGGAGCUGCAGCUUUAGCGGGGGGGAUUUUAGGGGUAGUAGGAACUCUGUGUUUCCUUGUGGCCUUUGGUACAGACUAUUGGCUGGUAGCCAUUGAAAACUGUGGACAAUUUCUGCAGCCAGGAAUCCCAACGCAGGACAAAGACGCUAACCGGACCGAGCUCAUUUUGCACCAUGAGGGAUUUUUCUGGCGAUGUAUGUUUGAAGUGGAACCUUCGUCCAAAGCCUCGUUGUUCUCAAACCAGCCUGAGUAUAAGGUGUGCAUCCAUGGUUACCUCUUCCCGCUGCCAGUGGCCAUUGGGGACGUUCCUAACCACAUCUAUGACGCUACAGCAGUGUUUCGUGGAUUCUGGACCCUUCUGAUCAUAGCUGCACUGGUCUCAGCUCUGACUGGAGGCUCGCUGCUGAUCUGUGGUGUUCCCUUCUUCAGCCAGAAACUUUACAAAGUGGGCGGGGCCUUUCUUAUUGCUGCUGCCGGCUUGUUCCUGGUUCUGCUUCUGCUCUUCGUGCUGUGGAUGGAGGUGGUGGAUGUGAAGCGCUACAUUCUGCAGGAGAAGGGAGAAAAUUGUCCAAAUGCUGAGGUUUCCUUAUUCUAUGGACUUUCUUUCAUGGUGGCAGCCACUGGUAUUCCACUGGAGGCGGUAUCUGGGCUGCUCUUCCUGAUGUGCGGCCGUGCGCUGGAGGCCAGGAGAUGAGCCAUGUGACACGCUAAAAUAAGGGACUGCUUUCUUAUUGUUUGGCACAGAUAUUCAGCAAUGCAUUUAUGGGACAUGCAGUGCACUGCAAAACUAUUCAAGCUUAUUUACUUUUUCUUCACGUUUUUUCCUAUUAUCUUAUAUUUCAUAUCUUUAAUCUCAGAUCCAGAGUUUGAGUUGAUGGAAAUACUUAUUGCUGCAGAUCCAGUUGCAAAUGUUUUGGAAUAUGUAAUUUUUUUCUGAUUACUUUCUGCAAAAUAAAGUAACUAAAAGUAGAGAAGUAUAAGAGAAAUAUUACUUGGAUUUUAUAUUUACAAAUGUUUUACCAAUAAAAAUGCUUUUA